AUGGAAUCUGCGAGUGCAUUGCGGCCUCUUGAUGAAUCACUCCUCCGCGAACUCCCUCAACUCUCCCUCCGUAUCGCCCCUCUACGAGAACCAGUAUCAUCACGAACCUUAAGCGUCCCAUCGCCCCUCGAACCCAAUGCUAGUGGAGCACGAGACUCGAAUAGUAUCUCCAAUUCAAACGGCAAUAGUGGCAAGAUCCCAGCAAAUGCAAAGGCAGGUCUGCCAACAGUUACGGAGUUUCUAAACGCUGCGCGCAUCAAGAAAACCGAACUCUCAGCAGACUCGCAGUCAAAUGUUGAACGUCCCCCGAGGCCGAUACUUCCUGCUUUUGUGAAUCUCCGUGCCCUGGAAAAGUUUCCGUUCUCAUCAUCCUUUGACGAUGAUGCCCUCCAAGGGCCCCGCAAGCGUCGACGCCGAGACCCCCAAGCCGAUUCAUUCAGCGAGCAUCUACAGUUGCCUAUCCCCCAGGCUCAGAAGGAGCAGCGGCCUCCUCCAUUUGGGCCUUUUGCUAUUUUGAAUGGAUUGAAUGAGCCUCCGCCCAAUGCCGCCCUUCUUCCACCCAUUGAGGCCGGGUCUAAUAUCUCCCAGCUUUUGACUAAGCCCUCGGGAGGCGAUGCUGCUGUCGACCCUGGAUCGUUAGUCUCGGCUCAAGUUGCCGUCCCAGAUAGCCAGCCUGCGGAAAAACGAGAUGUCAGACUCGAAGAAAUUCUCAGAACGUCUGUCAAUGUGGAUGAAGACGAAGACACUGAUAAUAAUGAAAAUGUUGCAAGUACUAACCCGGUGGAUCCAGAUAAGAUCGCUCUAGCUGUUCGUGAAACAGAAAUAUCUAAGAGCAGCAAGGCAUUGCUACCCCGUCCUGCAGAGGAUGUGCCAAUGUCUCCUAAAACUCGCGGCCGGUCCCGUAAAAACCUGAGAAAGUGGUCUGAAGAAGAGACGACUACUUUACUUAGGGGUGUGGUCAAAUGUGGUAUUGGCAACUGGACUGCCAUUCUCGCUCAACCAGAAUUAGAGUUCAACCAGCGAACUGCCUCAAAUUUGAAAGACAGAUUCCGAGUCUUAUGUCCAUGGGCGUACCGUGCAUCCGAUCCCAACGAAGCCGCGAGACAACUACAUGAAACUCUCGCUAAUACCCUACUCAAAGCCAAAGCAGAGGGCUCUGACGAGACAUUUGGCAAAAUCCACAUGUCCAAUCUAAUGCCCCCAAAUCAAGGCUCAGAGCCAAACUCGGGAGUAGGAAGUCCGGCUCACAAUGCACACAAACCCUUUAUUUCGAAUACCGUCUCAUCUAUGCCCGACGCAAAUCUCGGGAGUAGUAGCAUCGCCCAAUCGCAGUCACUCUCAUCAGGAAAUAGCACACCCGCUCUCUCAAGCAAGUCCCACUCAACCCUCGCAUCUCUCGGACUCCCCGAACCACACGUCGCAAAAUCCAAACGUCGCUCUCGGCGACCCUUCACAACCGCCGAAGACGAAGCUCUCCUCAAAGGCUACGCAGUACACGGCUUCCAAUGGACUCUAAUCCAACAAGAUUCACGAUUAAACCUAAGCCACCGCAAAGCAACAGACCUCCGCGACCGCUUCAGAACCAAGUUCCCACACGCCUAUCGCGACGGCGGCUCCGUGAGUGGGAAAGCCCUUACCAACCAAAAUCAGGCCCAGGAGUCGGCUACAGGCGCGUCGACCCCCCGCUCACAUCCUGUCAGCACCGAACAAUCUCCCAGUAAGGCAUAUGUCAUGACUCCGACCCCGACCCCGACUUCCACUCCCCGCAACUCGAUGUCGAGGAGUCGUCACGCUGCUACCUCUUCGCAGUCCAAUCUCGCACAGAUGGAUCCUGCGCUCUUGCCUCCACCUCCGCAGGGCUUUUUGGAGCACUCAAUGUAUCUUCCUCCCGCUGCUGCAGGUGUGCUUUCUUUCUCUUUGGAUGAUAGCUCGGGGGCAGGUACUUCUUCCGCAGGGGAAACGCCGUGGGAAGAUAAUACCCUCGCUCCUAUGAUUUGGGAUGAAUUAACCUAA